AUGGUAUUCGCAUUUUGGAAGGUCUUUCUGAUCCUAAAUAGCCUGGCAGGUCAAGUUAUUUUGGUGCAAGUGACCAUCCCAAACAGAGUUGUGAAUGUGACUGUUGGAUCUAAUGUCACUCUCGUCUGCACCUACACCAGCACUGUGACCUCCCGGGAUAAUCUUUCUAUUCAGUGGUCACUCCACAAUAAUAAGGAGUCGCAGCCGAUUACUCACAGCCCGUGCCUCAAUACCGAGGGUAUGGAGGAAAAGGCAGUCAGUCAGUGUCUAAAAAUGGCGUAUGCAAGAGACGAUCGGGGAAGAUGUAGCUGGACCUCUCAGAUUUACUAUUCUGAAGGUGGACAAGCUGCAUCCAUUGGGAGAUUUAAAGAUCGAAUUGAAGUGUCCAACGAGCCAGAUAACGCAUCCAUCACUAUUUUCCAUAUGCAACCAGAAGAUAGUGGUACCUACACCUGCGAUGUUAACAAUCCCCCAGAUUUUGAUGGCAACAAUCAAGGCAUUCUCACAGUUAAUGUGUUAGUCAAACCUUCUAAGCCCUUUUGCAGCAUUCAAGGAAUAGCAGAAACUGGUCGACCUAUAUCUCUUUCUUGCCACUCGAUGCUUGGAACACCUUCCCCUGUGUACUACUGGUAUAAACUUGAAGGAAGAGACAUCAUACCAGUGGAAAACAACGUCAAUCCAGCCAACGGGACCUUGGUUAUUGGAAAUCUGACCAAUUUUGAACAAGGUUAUUACCAGUGCAUUGCAAUCAACAUCCUUGGCAAUAGCUCCUGUGAACUCGAUCUAACUGUUUCACAUCCAGAAGUUGGAAUCAUUGUUGGGUCCUUGUUGGGUACCCUAGUGGGUGCUGCCAUUAUCACCUCUGCGGUGUGCUUCGCAAAGAGCAAGUCAAAAGCAAAGGGGAAGGAAAGGAAGAGAAAUUCGAAAACCACCACAGAACUCGAACCAAUGACAAAAAUAAACAGAGGUAUAGAGUUUGAGACAAUGCCACCUGAAGAUGUUAUUCAACUAGAAGCGACGCAACCUUCCUUCCAUGUGGCUGAACCCAACAUCACCCUCGGGCCAGAUCAUGGGCCUAUCCCCACGCCUGAGCCUUCCCUGGAGCCUGCCUCAGGACCUGAGCCUGACCUGGUGCCUGAGCUUGAGAACGAGCUGGAGACAGAGCCUGAGCUGGAGCCAGAGCCAGAGCCAGAUCCAGAGACAGAUCCAGAGCCAGAACCUGGGGUUGUAAUUGAGCCCUUGUGUGAUGAGGAAAAACCAGUGAAUAAGGCAUAG